CAUUCUUUUGCCCCGCCAGCCUCAGACUGUGAUCCUCCUACCUCUGCCUCCUGAGUACCUGGAAUUAUAGCCAUGCAUUACCACAUCCAGCUCUUUUUGCUCAAUUUUGUGUUCUGUGUGGAUACAAGGAACUGAUUAACAUUUGACUAAAGCCUUUUCUACUUUGUGAAGCUAAUUAUUUGACAACUAAGGAUGAAAAAGUGGGUUGGGAUAGCAUCAAGGGGCAUCUGACCCCAUGGUCUUUUCUUUCUCAGUCCAGCUAAAGGAAAAUUAAACAUCUGGAUUACAGGCUCCUAAUUAGCAACAGGGCAUGUUUUAUUAUUAUAAACAUGAUGUGAUAAUGUGCUAAUCCAUUUCCUAAUGCUAAUAACAUGAUAUCACAAACCCAUGGUUUUAUUUUGGCUCACAAUUCUGGUCCAAGGUUGAAUGGCUGCGUCUGGUUAUGGCCUUUUUGCUAGCAGAGUCCUCGGGUGACGCAGGGCAUCGCAUGGUUGAGAGACAAGGAGUGCACACAUGUAUGUAUCUUCUGAUCUCUUCUCUCUUCCUAUAAAGCCUCCAGGAUUCAGUCAUGGGGGCUCUAACCUGACAGCCUAUAUUAAUCACCUUCUGAGGCCCCACCUCUAAACACCACAGUGAAAUUAAGUUUCUACCCUCUUAAUACCGCACAAAGGAAAUUAAAUGUCAACAUAUGAACCCCAGGGACAUGGACAAACUUUGUCCAAACUAUAGCAAUUAAGCUGGAAAACAGAAAAGACACAGAAACUUCCCAGGUUCCAUCUGUCUGAAUUACACUCCACUUCCUGAGGUUUUUGCUGCUUACUUGCUGUCAUUUCUAAUUGAACAAGUUCUACAUAAUACAUGCUUCUAAAAGCAAAAGGACUGCUUGCUGUUGAAAAUGCCUGUGACUAUUUUGGUUUUGCUCUUUGUAUUCUGUUUUCCCAGAGCUGACUUUGUUGGUGUGUGUUCCUACUGUUCGUGGUCACCAUCAUCUUAUCCCACCAGGGCUGGGUCCUAAGGCCUGAGCCUCUCUCCCAUUUCUACCAACAACUUUUGGACAUUUAGUUGGUUCCACUUUCUGUGUGUUCUCAGUGUAAAGAGCAGCUGUGGGCAUCACCCCUUCCCCACAGGAAGGGUCAUUUCAUUUUGAUAUGUUCUCUCACUGAGCCAGACAAUGUGAACAGGCUCUUGGUCCAUCUCAUGGGGUUUCCUAGAAGAACUGUAGCACGUUAAACACUCAUACACCUCGGCCUGAGCAGUGCCUGAGCUACUGCUGGGAAUACUGGGUGUUAUGAAAAUCAAAAAUGGACCCAUCUUGCUAAUUCCAGAGAUUGGAAAUGCUCUUUCUGGCUUCAGUUUCAUUUCUGUGAUUACUGUGAGGUCCUCAUUCCCCAGUCUUCCUAUUGAGUUCCUCUUCUGGGAAAUGCUUACCCCCUACCUUCUCUCAUCAGUCUGUUCCUGAGUUCUCACUCAUCACCUUUGGCCAGGCAUAUUUUCUUUUCUUUUGGUUCUACUGAACUUUUUUUUAAUAGAUUGGAGUAAUUGGUCAAAUCUUCCCCUCUUCUUGUAAUUUACAUUUUAUUACUUUCAGAGGUUUAGAAAUAUAAAAUCUGUUUUGUUUGUUUGGGGGGCUAGAGAUCCUACCCAGGGCUUGUACAUGCUAGACAAGAACCCUGCUACUGAGCCAUGCCCCAGCCCCAGCUUUCUUAUUCCUGUGUCUAACUAUAAUGCAGCUGGAGUGUGUCCAGGCUUGUGGAGAGAGGAGCUCAUUGUUGGGGCAGCAGAAUGCUGGGCUGGCUGGUGCCAGCGUCCUGGCCAGUUUCUUCUGACCACCUCCUUGGAAUCCCAUCACUUUUUGAGCAGGGACCUGAAAAAAUGCUUACUUGUAAGAGACUAGGGCAGAGGUCCAAUUUGAUGAAUUAUGUUUGAAAAAUUGUCAAUUCAAGGGUAGAGACUAGUACAAAAGGACAAAUACUGUGCAGUUCCUUUUAUAUGGGGACCUACUAGCCAAAUCCAUAGAGGCAGAAGUAGAAUGAUGGUCACUCCUCCAGUGGGGAGGACCCACAGGAAGCUACUGUAUGUUAGGUGCCACAUUUCCUUUUAGAGUGAUUUUAAAAAUCCUAGAUACAGAUGGUGGUUUCUUAAUGCACUGAACUGUACACUUAAAAAUGACAGAACUAGUAAAUCUUAUGUUGGUGUAUUUUACCACUCAGAAAAAGAUCAGACUAAAGAAAGAGAACUCAAGGAGACUGAAGCCAUCCUCCAGGUGAAUGGAGACAACUGUAUCACCAGCAACAUGAAGCUGCAGUUCAGAGGAGAGAAGCAGUUCCAGCCUGUGGCACGGUCACAGUACCCUCAGCCCAAGCUGCUGGAGCAGAGGCCUACAGAGCUGCUGACCCUCACACCCUGGUUGGCACCCAUCGUCUCCGAGGGAACCUUCAACCCAGAGCUCCUGCAGCACAUCUACCAGCCACUGAACUUGACCAUUGGAGUCACGGUGUUUGCCGUGGGGAAAUAUACCCAGUUCGUCCAGCACUUCCUGGAGUCGGCGGAGUUGUUCUUCAUGCGCGGUUACCAGGCCCACUACUACAUCUUCACACACGACCCCACAGCCAUUCCCAGGGUCCCGCUGGGCCCCGGCCGACUCCUCAGCGUCCUUCCCAUCCAGGGUCACACCCACUGGGAGGAGGUCUCCAUGCGUCGGAUGGAGACCAUCAGCCAGCACAUUGCCAAGAGGGCACACCAGGAGGUGGACUACCUCUUCUGCCUUGAUGUGGACAUGGUGUUCCGGAACCCGUGGGGUCCCGAGACCCUGGGGGACCUGGUGGCUGCCAUUCACCCAGGCUACUUCACUGUACCACGCCAGCAGUUCCCCUAUGAGCGCAGGCAAGUUUCCACGGCCUUUGUAGCGGAAGGUGAGGGGGACUUCUAUUAUGGUGGUGCAGUCUUUGGGGGGCGAGUGGCCAAAGUGUAUGAGUUUACCAGGGGCUGCCACAUGGCUAUCCUGGCAGACAAAGCCAACGGCAUCAUGGCGGCCUGGCAGGAGGAGAGCCACCUGAACCGCCGCUUCAUCUCCCACAAACCAUCGAAGGUGCUGUCCCCUGAGUACCUCUGGGACGACAGGAAGCCUCAACCACCCAGCCUAAAACUGAUCCGCUUUUCUACCCUGGACAAGGAUACCAGCUGGCUGAGGAGCUGACAGCAGAGCCGGGGCUGCCAUGGACAGCAACCCAAAGCCCUGCAGCCAUCUGCCCCAGUUUGAGGCUUAGGCAGAGACCAGCCCUAUCCUGCCUACCUCAGUCUACCAGGAGAGCCCAACUGGAAAACGGGUGUGGGAGAGGUGGUUCUAGACUGUAAAGGGUUAUGCACCUAUGAUCAUACAGUGAUCUGGCACAAGAAUGGCUGGACAGGAGGAAAACGAGGUUAUGAGGCAGGGCCUGGCAGGCCUCACCCAGGGGAUGGGCCUUCAGAGGGACAGGCCCUGGAGUCUCAGCCCCAUUCAAAGUGCCUGAAGUCCUGCUGCUGUCCCCCAACUCGCUGCAUAUAGCCUGGAAGUUGCACUUUAAUACCCCCUGUGAAAAGCACUCCGGACCCCUUUCUCCAGCUACCCAGAGUACUAGUACCCAGGGUACUAGUUCUUCACUCAAGACCCCAGAGCCAGCUCUAAAAUGGGCUAUGUCUAGGCUCCCCCUGGUCCACACUACCCUGGGUUGAGCCACACUCUCAGGGACUAGCUGCCUUCUUCCUAAUAGGGUUUGGGGUGGCUUCAAUAAAGGUGAUAUGGACUGGGCCCUAACUAGGGUUUUUACCUGUACAUCUGACUGUUCAUAUGUCUGACCACUCUGGGGAUACAGGCAGACUAGAUUUCAAACAUAAUCUGGAGUAGAGGAUACAGUUAUUCCAGCAAACCUCGGCUAGAACUGGCUGCUGCCACAGACAGGUUCAUUCUGGUCCUCUGACGAGCCAGGUUGAAGCAGGAGACAGACAGACAUGCCACACUUCUGCCUGCGGAGUCAGCUGGAGAGCUUCAUGGGCUCAGGUCCUGGGCACACAAAGGGGUGUGUCUUUUGGCCCUCCUGUAUCCGAGGCCACCUCAGGCUCACCCCAGGGCAGUGCUGCAGGCUGAGACUAGAAGGCCUGCCAGGGUGGACAUUCCAGCCAGAACUUGGACCUCUGGCCAGGCAGAGAUGGGGUGGGAGCAUGGAUUAAGGGCUUGCCUAGUGCCUACUCCUGUGGGGACAGCACUAGCUUUUCCAUAGAAGAAGACACAAGGUAGGGUUGGGGUACUCUACGCAGUCAUGCCAGGAUGGGUAGCCACCACCUGCCAUAGCCUCCCUGGCAAAGCUAGGGGGCCAUCUUGGGCCCAUUCUUCUGCAAUCUACAAUUCAGCUGGUGAGCAGGGAUGGACACAAGAGUGAGCAGGUAGAGUUACUGUUACAAGACAUCAUCUGGACUGGAAAAGCCCUGACAUUUUUGGGCAGAGUUAAGGAAUACCUGCUCAGGGAUGCUGGUCACAGGAGGGGUCUGCAAAGCAGGGCUGUGUUGAAACAGAAGGAGGCUCUUGGACAGGAGGCCAGGAAAAACCUCCAGAGGAGAGGCCCUGAGGCUUGGGCAGCAUACACCUUUCUGGAGACAAGUCUGCUCCCAGCUGACUCCCAGUCUAGCUCUGACCCAUGCCUAGCCAGCUUGGUAGUCACAGCCUCUCCCAAACCCAGCUGUGAGCCUUUUUAGCCUGGGUCUAGUCCACCAGGAACAAUGGCUAAUCCUACUCCCCAUUCCCAGUGCACAGUGAGUGACAGAACCAAACCCUAGAGCCAAACCAUGGUCCACCUUGCCUUCCAGAAAGGAGCAAAGUCCUGGAGUCAGAGCUGUUCCAUGGUCAGCAGAAGUAAAGGGGUUUGGCCCAGCAGAGGAAGGUGGCCAGAGACAGAGUCCCAGUGGGGACUUCUUAGCCCCUGUCUGGCAGAAUCAGAUUUGAGCUUUGUGUAACCUCAGACACCAAACUUUCCGGGGCUGAUGAAAGUCUUACAGGCUGUGAAGGUUUUAAAAUUGCAGAUAUGUCUUGGUGGAGCGGCUCAAGUGAUACAGCCUAGCAAGCAUGAGGCCCUAUGUUCAACCCCCAGUACCACACACACAAAUAGAGAUACCUCUUCAAGUAACACACAUAUUUUACAGAUGUCUUCAGGGCCCUCUGCCACAGAGGUCCCUUCACAACCAGGCCUUUCCUCAUCAUAAGUUACAUCCAGCAUUGUUGUUCAGCCCAUGGGGCCUGGCCCAGCACACCUCUGCUCCCUAACCACAAAUCAGGCCUGUCCAUCACAGUACCCCAUCUCUGGGGGGGUAUUGCUCCUGAUGUCAAAUCUCCUGGAAGCCUGCCUUGAGUGUGGUCCCAUUCAGAGUAGGUGACUUUCUGCUUUCCCAAUAAAUCAUCAUUUGCAAUGCUAUGCUGCCUGUUCCCCAGGCAGUGAGCUCCAAGAGGGAACUGAUUACCUAGCCAGCUGGGCUUCCCCUAGGAACCUGGCACCCAGGAAGCACUCCACAAAUGCUUGCUGAAUGACUAAAAGAGCAUCAGUUUAGGAGUCUGUCCUAGUACCCGUGGGAUGUUGGGCAGGUUACCCCACCUCUCUGAGCUGCAAGGGUUAGGAUUUUUAAAUGAGACAAUGGCUGGAAGACCUCUGGGCACUCGCCCUUCUUGGGCAGCUACUUAGAUGUGUCACUAGCUCUGGGUUUGGCAGCAAGACCCCACCUGGGAGGAGGCACAGCUGCCAUAGCCCCAGUGCCCACAGAAGGGCACCAAAGUAGGUGCUCAGUGGACCAUACUAGGGUGGGUGGUAAUGUGCCCACUUGGCCUUCCACUAGGACUCUGUGGCUCUGAGAAGACUACCUGGAUGGGGUUCUGUGCUCCCCCGCCACUAGCUUGCAGUAAGCCCUUGACUGCUUGUCUGAAAUGAGAGCCUUGUGGAAUCUGAUCCAGAUGCCCUCCCCAAGGCACCCACACAGCUCUGCUCCCUGGAGCCUUUCUCACUCAGGGAGCCCCCUGCUAUGCCCUUGUGUCCCCCCCUCCAAAGCCCCUGCCUACAGUAUCCCGCCUGGAAGUCCCAUCCAGCAUGGGCUCUCAGUGAGUCCAGAGACCGUCUCCUUGGCUCCUGUGCAGACAGUCUAGGAGUCCAGUAAGUUGGGUUCAAACCCACAGCUGGGCCUCACCACAGCCCUGUGACAGGCAGGCUAUGGGUGACUUCACAGAGCCUAUGUUUCCUCAACUGAGAAUGGGUCAGUGAUUGCUUCAUGAGGGUGUGCUGGGAGUCAAGCAGGGAGAUGAGGGUGUCCAAAGGACUGGGCCCAAGAGGUGACCUGGCUGGAGAGACCCCAACACAGGACAAGGCCCUGCCUGUCAGAGAGUGAUGGCGAAGAGCAAUGAUUCCCAGUCCCCCAGGCACACAGGGUUUGGCCUUGAGCGCUGGUGUCUGAAUACCCAGGAGGCUCCCUAGUAACAGUGACCACCCCCAAUACAUACUCAGCCUCAGUUGUAGGGGGUCCUCUUUCUAGGCUCCCACUCCUCGCAGCAGCCAGGGACAGGCUGGACCUUGUGGUGACUUGAAAAAAAAGGGGCAGGGGAUAGGAGGAGGGGAGGGUCAACCUGCCAUUUCCCUGACCCCAGCCAUCCACGGACCUAAGUCCUGCAGGUAGUAUUGGGGAUAUCUGGGUGAUGGAGUGAGGGUGUAUAUUCGGUUACUCCGCUGUCUCCGGGCUUUCCACGUCCACCCAGCCCGGCGGUCUCCACCUAGCAACCGUGAGAGUGGCCCUAGGUCCUAGACAGGUGCUGGCGCGGAGGGACAAGAGAGACCAAUCAAGCGGAGCACUCUUUGCGCAGCGCACUCCUUGAGCGGCGCGUGCGCGCGGCGAGGCGGGGGGUCACGUACGCGCAUCGCCCGCCGCGGUCCUGCGCAGGCCCCGGGUGCGCGCCCGGCCGAGUACCCGAGGCCGGCCGCCUCCGCGCCCGAGGAAGACGGGCCAGGCGCGUCCCCGAGCUCGCGCGGCGGGGCCCGCCCCUCGCACCUGCGAGCGGCCUAGGCG